AGCAUUUUAUUUCUAGUAGCAGUCAGAGUAACUUCGAAACGAUUGCGACGCGGUUCGCGAGCUUGAUAACGGUUGGUGCAGUUAAGCUAUUAAACUAAACGGGUUGCUUUUUUCUGCAACAUUUGCGGUAUAUUUGAACCUAUAUCUCCACUGGAUACAAAUGCAAUAGUCAAGUGCAGUGAAUUAGUCGAAUUAAAUGCUAUCAGCUAUAUAGAAACUGCGUAGCAACGGUCCUCGUGGUGGAAAAUGCUAAGAGCCAACUGGAGAUGACGGUGAUUAUUUACUGAGGUGUGCAGUGAGUAAGCAAACAUUUGAAAAAAAAAAUGGAUGAAGCCGAGCAGAGUGCGCAGCUAGAGGGUUCCUGUAGCUUGGAUGAUCAUCAUAGUAGAUUCGCAAGAAAGUAUCGGUACUUCAUCCUGGAACCAGCAAUUCUACUACUGUUCUAUGCUUGGAAUGUCUCAUCCGCUGUCUUCACUAACCAAAUCGUUUACCAGUCAUGUACAGUGACCCUCGGAAUUGAAGAGUCCGAGUGUGCCCUACUGGGCACGGAGAAUGAAACGGAUGCCACCAAGGAGCUAGAAAAAGUAGUUCAACCCUACACGACCAAUAUACUGAUGGUGAAAUCUCUCAUUGAAUCGAUUAUCCCUGCCCUAUGCAGCAUGUUUAUUGGUCCAUGGUCGGAUAAAUAUGGCCGGAAACCCGUUUUACUUGCGAGUAUUACCGGAUCUUUCUUCAGCUAUUCCCUGGUGGCGUUGAUAUGCUUCUUGUCUGGAUGGUACACUAUCGAUCCGUGGUACUAUCUCUUGGCGUUCAUUCCUGCGGCCUUGUCCGGUGGUAACUGUGCACUGAUUACCGGUGUGUUUUGUUACAUCACGGAUGUAACUAAUGAAGAGAACCGGGCUGUCAAAAUGGGCGUUUUAGAAGCAGCGCUGUUUGGUGGUUUACUACUGGGAACUCUAAGUAGCAGUUUUAUCUUGCGAUGGUCGAAUGCCACUGUGGUUUUCGUUGUUGCCGCAGUCGCUAUUCUGGGGGCAAUUCUCUACAUUACAUUUUACAUUGACGAAAGCAUACAACCGAACGAGAUGGAUAAUUCAUCGUGCAAACUACGGGAAAUUUUCCGCUUCGAGCUUGUUUCGGAUUUGUUUAAUACUUGUUUCAAAAGAAGGCCAAAUUUUGAUAGGGUCAUCAUUUGGCUGGUGAUUACCGCGCUAGGCGCUAGCAUAUUUGCUAUGGAGGGAAAUGGUACGAUAAAUUUCCUGUUUCUUCGAGAACGAUUCAAUUGGACUGUAAAGGAAUACUCAUUUUACGAUGCCACCAUAAUAGUGUUCAUGAUCGUUGGUAAUCUUGUUGGCAUGUAUGGCGUAAAGAAAUUUUUCGGAUUAUCUGAAAGCAUUCUAGCGGCGAUCGGAUUUUGCAGCUAUGCCAUUGAUAAUGGAAUAAAGGGAGUGGCCUAUCAACCAUGGCAUUUGUAUUUAGCUAUCGUCGUGUCCAUGAUGAAGGGCAUUGCUGGACCAAUGGGUAGAGCAGUUAUUUCCAACACUGCUCCUCCGAACGACAUCGGUAAAAUAUUCUCAUUAACGACGUCAAUCGAGUCACUGACACCACUAAUAUCAGCUCCGGUGUAUACAUUUGUAUACAAAAAGACUCUCCCGUGGUUUCCGGGUGCAUUCAAUCUCGUCAGUGCUACGGUGUACUUUUUCUGUUUGUGCCUGAUGAUACUCGUUAGAAUAUUCGAAGGGAUGUACCAAACUACAAGUUAUACAUCAAUUAACUGAAAGCAAUAUGAUUGCGAUAAUAUGUAAAACAAUACGAUACUAUUUUGAUAUUAAAAUAUUUUAUAGCAUGGUUAACGUAAUUGGUAACUAGUCAAAAUAAACAUUUUACAAAACAAAAA